AUGAAGUUCUUCAGUCGGAUCCUCUUCCUCCUGGUCUUCCUUCUCACCCUCCUGGGCUCCCAGGCCGAACCUUCCGCCUCUCCGCCGCCGGCGGGCUCCGAUUUCCAGGGGACUGGUCACUCCCAGGCGACCUCCCUUGGCGCUUCUGAAAUCGCCACUGAAGACUGGGCUAACCCACAAUUCCCUGGAACUGUCCGUCCUGAGCCCCCCAACAUAUCUCAUGCAAUUUCCCCUGAGGUUACCCCCCUUGAGAUCACUGAGACCCCCAGGCCUGAUCUAGAAACCCCACACCCACAGUCUGCUGAGACUCCCCAGCUUGACCCACUCACAACCUCAGUAUCAGAAUUCCUGGACAGCCGCCACACGAACCCCUCCAAAGGAACACACCCAGAGCCUUCUGAGACCCCCGACCCUGCUCUGACAGACACUCCACACCUUGGGUCUUCUGAGACCCCCAAACCUAGUCACUCAAAACCAACACCUGCAGAAUAUCCUGAGAUGCUCAAUACUAACCCUAUGCAGACCGCACACCAAGAACCCCCAGAGGUCCCCACACUUAACAUGACAGAAAUCUCAGAUGUUAAAAGCCCUGACCCCACCAAGCCUCUUGACAUCAAAUCUCUCACAACCCAUGAUCUUGGCACCAAUGAGACCUCAAACUCUCAGUUCCCCCUGACCAUCCAUCCUGACCCCACUGUGACCCUCCACCCAGAGACCCAUCAGACCUAUCACCCCAGCCCCACCAAAACACCCCAGACAGAGCUUCCCACAGCCCACCAUCAGAAUGCGACCAGGAUCCCCAAAACCUCAGCCCUUGAAGUCUCCACUAGUCUUCACCCUGAAACCCCUUUGCCCUUCAAGGAUGAAGCCACUGUCCUCAGUGAGUUGCACCUAAGUCCCCAUCCCACCCUCACGGCCACCCAGCCUGAGGCCUCUCAACUGCCCACCUCAGAUUCUCCAGGGACUCCUGAGCCGAAGGUCGCCAGAAACUCUGAGCCCAAAGAGCCAAGCACCCCUCCGCCCUCAGCCCGGGUCGUUGGCCCCCGUGCCCCUCCAGAGUCCCCCAGUCAGCUGCUCCCUGUAACUCCUCGGGCUCCACAGCGGCGCAGCCGAGGUGAAAGAGUCAAUACUAUCAUCGUGGUGGAGCACGUGAAAGAGACUGGUGUGACUCUGGUGGGGCGCCCACGUGGCUCGACUGGAGGCGCCCUGUGCCUGUUCUUUGCUGGGACUGGACUUUUGAUCCUCCUCAUCCUGCUGAUGUGGUGUCUCUACCGCCGGGCUGCCCGACACCGGCCCUUCGCACACCACCGGCUCCCAGACAGUGGAGACGACCCGGUUAUGCAUCUGGACGCCCCGAAGGAGCCCUAUGACCUCUACUUUUAUGCGCCAGAUGCCUGGGUCCCUUCGCACAUUUCCACCAAGCAGCCGCCGCCCACACCCCCGCUGCCACCCAAGCUUCCCCCACCGCCCCGUGGGGGACGCCCCCAGCGCCUAGAGCCGCUGUCCCCGGAAACGCUCCCCAACAACUUUGUGUGA